AAAAAAGCGAAGAAAGGCGACGGAAGGAGGGAAAUAUUUGAUGAGAAUCUCGUUGCGAAAAAUUAAGGGUCUAUCUUGGAACCCAUUUAGGUUAGGAAUAUUAUACAAUAAUUAAAACUACAGAAAUAAAUCCAGUACUACAAGAACUACGUGCCGGUCACCAGGAGAAAAGAAACUGGAUACCGGACCUCGCGAACCACAGUCAACUGCACGCAACUGGGUCUCAUCUUGUCCUAUACGUCGAAACGAGGCCCGAGUAUGAGCCUUCCCAGCGACCUCAAGAUCGCAGCCGUCGAUUCCCGGGUUCUAGGGUUUACUUCGAGAGAACCUGGCUUUUGUCAAGUCUCUCGCAUUCUUUCCUCCUCUUUCUCUCUCCCUGCAUCAGCUGCUGCAGUAUCACGAACGUCUGCAGCCCUAAACGCUGCCACCAUGAAGUACAAUCCAAGUAUGUGCAGAUUCUUUGUUGUAUUUGUCGAUGAAAUUGAUCUUACACCAGUAGGGUCGCUGUGAAAUUUCCUUUCUGUCAUUGUUCUCGUUCAUUUCGUGAGGAUCGUCAAGCCCUAAUCGGAAACAACAUGAAAUUCAAUCCAAGGGUAAGCAGCUCUAGACGCAAGUCCCGAAGGGCGCACUUCAGUGCACCCUCGAGCGUGAGACGCAUUUUGAUGAGCGCUGCCCUAUCUUCUGAUUUGAAGAUCAAAUACAACGUGCGAUCUGUCCCCGUGAGGAAGGAUGACGAGGUACAGGUUGUCCGCGGUACAUUCAAGGGUCGUGAGGGUAAGGUUGUGCAAGUCUACAGGCGUAAGUGGGUGAUCCACGUUGAGCGUAUCACCCGCGAGAAGGUGAACGGUGCCACCGUGAAUGUUGGUAUCGACCCAUCCAAGGUUGUCAUCACCAAGUUGAAGCUUGAUAAGGACAGGAAGGCUCUUCUUGACAGGAAGGGCAAGGGUAGAGCCGCUGAGAAGGGCAAGGGUAAAUUCACCGCAGAGGAUGUUGCCCCCCCUCUACAAGAGGUGGACUAAGUGUAAUUUCUUGCCUGGUAUUCGAAAAGGCCCAAUUUUUUGCACUGCUUUACAGUAGGGAUCCACACUCCAAUCACAGUGAGCUCAGUUCAUUAAGCUCCGACCCUUCGGAAUGUUCAGUAUUGCGAGGCCUUCAACGCACAGCUAUCUAUUCAGACUUUGUGGUAUUAUCUGAAGUGAUGGAAGGUAGUUCAAGGCUUCUGGAUGUUCAUUUCCAGUAUACAGGUCGAAAAGAGUCGUAAUCUCUCUUACAUCCACUGAGUUAUUGUAUGUAUAUCCACUAAUGAAUUCGAGCUGGCUUAUCUCUGGCAUGUGCAUCUGAGUUGAAUGCUAUAAACUA